CGCAAGCCCAGCAAGCCCAGGCAUGGUCAUGUACCUCGCCACAAAAUGUGUCGAAAAGAUAAGAAGUCAUGUAUAGACUAGGAUCUACCCGUCAUCCAACGUCUUUUUAUUAUAGAUUUGUUUCUUUGACACAAAGAGCGAUCUUCUUUUCACGUGUGUAACUGCCUCUUCAGUUUUUACUAUACGACCAUGGCUCGGCUACACCAAUCUACUCGCCACAGGCGGCAAAGGCCAUCCUAUACCUCUCUCCUCACCAUCUUCGUCACUGCGGCAUGGGCCCAAGACUCAAAACGCGGUUUUGCAUUCAUAGGCGACUCGCAUGUACCAGACAACCGCUUGCUUACCUCCGACAAUUCGCCAAUAUCAUGGUACUACAAUUGGUCUCCAUACCCAAAUAGUGAUCUCAUUCCGGCGGACAGUCUAGAGUUUGUCCCUAUGAUUCAUGGCAUAGACGCCACGGAAGACAGUCAAACCGAACGCGUCAUAGGAGGCUUGCCACAAAGUAGCAAGCACCUUUUGUCCUUUAACGAGCCGGAUGGCACCGAAGGAAGUGGUGGUAGCAGCAUUAGUCCUGAAGACGCCGCGAAAGCAUACAUCGAUUUCGUCGUGCCUUUCCGGAAUGGUGAUAGCGGCGGCAGGAAUUGGUUGAUCAGCCAUCCGAGUACUACGGGUAGUCCAAACGGUCUUGACUGGUUGCGACGCUUCAACGAGUCUUGUUAUGAGAUCGAUUCUGAAAACGGAUGCCCAACGGACUUUGUUGCCGUACAUUGGUACGGUGCUUUUGAUGGUUUGGCAGGCUGGUUAGGCACCCUGGAUGAAUUCUACAACACGAAUUCGACAAGAGACCAGCCGCUGAAACUUUGGAUUACCGAGAUGGCACUUCCGCAACAAGACGAAGAGAACACUGUAAGUAUGAUGAAUCAGACACUACCAUAUCUCGACCAACUGGAUUACGUUGAACGAUACUCGUGGUUCGGUGCUUUCAGAACAGAUGAUGCGAACGAAUGGACCGGCGAUGGGGUGGCACUGUUCGACGACGAUGGUGGCUUGACCGAGCUCGGUGCUCUGUACUUAGGUGAUGGAUUUGAAGAAGGACAGAAGGGUGAGGGUGCAGAGGAUGCGGCAAGUGGGCUAAGGGUCAGCGCAGGACUGAUGGCCGCUUUGUCUUUGUGCGCGACAAUGUUUGCCAUGCUGUAAAUGAUAUCCAUGAUAGAUUUUCCUUUGACUGUAGAUACCUUAGCGAUUUGUAUAUAUCACCGAGAGUGUAUUGUAGUGUUUCUUGACUGAAGGUCAUCGCUCCAUACGACGCGGUCUAGCUCGGCUAACGAAUUUCCGAUCAACCGCCUGUACCUAGACAAAG